UCCGUUGCCUGGAAACCGAGUAGGAAGGAAGCUUGAGUGCGACGCCUGCUCCGUAGACUUAACUCAUGUAGCCCUUAAUUUUAAUGCCAUUAACCCAUAAAAAACCGAAACAAAGUCUACAUAGAGAUGGCAAAUGCUCACCGGACGAACGUUCUGGUUACUUCGUGUCUGAAAACGCCGGUAGACCCGCACACUAAAGCGCCGCUAGCUUCGUACGAGAGGGAGGGAGUCCUGCCGUACACCGCAUCAGGACACCUGGACAACCGGGACUACGAAAAUGAGCUGGAGUAUGAGGACUCAGGCUCUGAUUGCUGUGACGAAGCCUGUCUGGGAAACGGUGACCCUCACCUGGGGAGAAACUAUGCAGCAGCAGGAGACCGCUUCAACUUGAGGGAAAUCUUCUUCUCCAACGAGGAGUACUACAGUAAGCUGGAGGAGCUGAAGAGGGCUCACCUGCGGACCAUGGCUGAGCUGGAGAGCAUGUAUAGGCACAAGCUGCAGCUCAAGUCCAUAGAGCCAUUAGACACAAUGGUGGUGGAUGCAGGGCACAGGCUGCUGUGGUCCAGUAUCGGUCCGGCACCUUCAGGCCACCGUUUGAGGAGGUCGCUCUCUGCUGUUGAACUCCGGUGGGCCUGUGACCAUCCUGAUGAGGAAGAAGCUGUCGGGAACGAUGUGGAGAAAGGUCUGCUUUUUUCUCCCAAAGAACACAUCAAGAAUAUGUGGAAGGACUUUAAGGUGUCACCUUACGAUCACCGCCAUUCUUCCUCCUCGCUGCACAGCAUGCCGGGGGACCAGAGGGUAACCCAAACGAGGAAAGGAAAGCGGAGGCAGGAGCACUGGAAAAGCAGAAUUACUAUCCCAAAACCUUUCCUCAUGACGAUGCGUGAAGCAGAGAGGCAGAAGCUUGGCUUGAAGACGCGCUCAGAUGUUGAACUGGAGAACACGGAGCUGCGGAGACAAAUGGAGCAACUGGCCGAAUGCCAGAGAAAGUUUCGUGCUAGUCCAGUACCUGCACAUGUUCACCUCCCACUUUAUACAGAGCUGCAGGAGCGCAACGAGGAGCGACGCAAAACCAUGCGAGACCGAGAGGAGCAGCAUCUUCGAACCAUUCAGAAGCCUUUCAGCUUUCUGGAGAGGGAGCGUCUGAAGAAGGAGCAGAAACAGCUGCAUCAGUCACAGCGAUCCGAGCAGGAGAAAGUUCAGCCCUUUAAGGCCAAGCCUGUGCCUAAGUCUGUGUACACGGCAGCACUGGGCGAGCAGAUGAAAGAGGAGCAGCUGUACAGGUCUAUUAAGAUACAGAUGAGGGCCCAGGAGAUGCUCCGUAGUUCCUCAUUGCCCUCCAGCAUGCUCACGCGGCGACUCAGUGACCGUAAGCAAAACAAAGAUGCUGCAACAGGAGAUCAAAGCUUCACACACAGGCCGCAGAUAAACAAAGAGGUACCUGAUUUCGAUGCGAGCUACAGACGCUUCCAGAAGCACCUGGAGAAACGGAAGGAGGUGAAGCCUACGACUGCAUGCGAGCCCUUCAAUCUGAAGACGUCUCAGAUCUCCUCACAUCGAGAACGUAUCAUGGCCGACAUUCAGAAGGAGCAGAGCAGCCCUCGGAUGCCACGCUGGCCGUACCUUGGCCCCAAGCUGGCCAAAACGCCAAAUUCAAGCCUCUGUUCCUCCCUUUCAGGCAGCCUGGAAAUCCUGCCGGCCAAAGCCACAGACGCCACAAAAAAGCGAAAUGAUGCAGUGAGGAAGGUGCUGGAGCAAAGGAAGAAGGUGGAGGAGGAGGAGGAGCGGUGGAAGGAGAAGCAGAGGCAAAGGGAGAAGAAGCUACAGAGGGUGGUCUUGAAACGAGCCCAAGCCAACGACCCCCAUCUGGCUCUCUCACAGACCCACCACAGCAAACUGAAAGAGUUCAGGAAACAAGACCUUCAGCGCAAAAAGGAAUACCAGCAAGAGAUUAAAGAGAUGCAGCAGAGGGUGAAGGGAAGGCCGCUGCUGCUGGAGCAGGUUGCACAGAGAAAUGCCAAACAUGCAGCAGAGAAGCGCUACACAGAAACCCUGCAUGGAUGUGAUGUGAUGGAGGAGUUCAUCAGCAGCAAAGCAGCUGCAUCCGCCACGAUCAGUGAUGACUGCCUCAGGGACCUGACAGAGGCAGACAUGGACUAUGAACCUGUUCUCUACAGAAAGGUCUUCCUGGAUGAUGAAGACAUUGAUGAUCCUUCUGAGAGGAAAGGACAAAGAGAGGAUGAGGAGGAGGGCGAUAAACCAGUAAACCACCAGGAUGGGGAAGAUGGCAGCCGUCCCCACACAGAAGAGGAUUACCAUGCCAGUGAUCAGCACUAUUCUGAUGACAGUUACCAUUACUCAGAUGAUCAUGAGAACUUCUCAGAGGACAGUGAUGCUGACAGUAGACAGCAGGAAGCAGGACAGUGAUGCUGACAGUAGACAGCAGGAAGCAGGACAGUGAUUCUCAGCCAUGAAGAAGAGCUCAGAGAACGUUUAACAAACCAAGCGAGGAGGACGAAACCUUACAGGAUUUUUAAGACACAAGAAACAAGUAUAUAAAUCAAGAAUAAAAAUGAUGUUUAACUCUGUUAAACCUUUAUUGGCUGUUUCUAAAAUCCCUACAUUCUUCAUUAUUCUUGACAUAAUAAAAAUUUUUUUGUUUUAGCAACAAAUUAAGGACACUCAUCAUCCUGUAGAAUCAUUCCUCAGCCAAGUGGUGUCAGUUUACCAACUUUAUUUCAGUUCAUGCAGCACGGUGUGGCCUCCAGUGGGCCGACCGGUGGAAUAACACAGCAACCUAUAAAUAAUGAAAACAUUUCUCCUUUCUUUUAGUGCAAAUUAGUACAAGUACGUUAAAGACGUCUACAUUUAAUCAACUAUCCUUUAAAAAAAACAACCUGAAAUGUCUUGAAGAAAAUAA